ACUUCUUUAUGCCCUAAAUUAGGGUUUAACAUAUCCUCGCUUAAGCAGCUAGGUCGCUUCACAAUCUCGGAAGAGAGAGAGAGAGAGAGAGAGAGAGAGGUGCCAUGGCGAGGAUCAAGGUACAUGAGCUGAGGCAGAAGUCUAAGGCCGAGCUGUUGGUUCAGCUGAAGGAUCUGAAGGCGGAGCUCGCUCUCCUCCGCGUCGCCAAGGUCACCGGCGGCGCCCCCAAUAAGCUCUCCAAGAUUAAGGUGGUGAGGUUGUCAAUUGCUCAGGUGUUGACAGUGAUUUCCCAGACGCAGAAAGCAGCACUAAGGAAAGCCUAUGAGAACAAGAAGUAUUUGCCUCUUGAUCUUCGCCCUAAGAAGACCAGAGCUAUCCGUAGGCGCCUCACUAAGCACCAGGCGUCUCUGAAGACAGAAAGGCAGAAGAAGAGAGAGAUGUACUUCCCAGUGAGAAAAUAUGCUAUUAAGGUUUAAUAUAUUACCAGCUUAUUAGUGAACUAGUUGUGUCUGAACAUCAAGGACAGACAAAACUUUUCCCAGGUGAAAUUUCUAGGUUUUUUUUUUUUUUUUUUUGUUAAAGUCGAUGCUGUUUUGAGAUUUUUGUUUCAGAUAUUCUUGGCCAAAGACUAAAUAUGUUAUCAGUGUUCUUCCUUUGUGUUCAAUGUGUAGUGAUUAUACGAUCUUUUUGUU